UUUUUUUGGUAAGAGGACAAGAACGACUAAAAAAUAUCAACUUUUGCUUUUGGACAAAAAUGCAUCUGACUGUAUUUUUACUUAGGGGUAUUGUGGGUUUCCUCUGGAGCUGCUGGGUUCUAGUGGGUUCUGCGAAAGGAAGUUUGGGAGACAAUCAUGUUCACUCCAGUUUUAUUUAUAGAAGACUACGGAACCACGAAAGACGGGAAAUACAGAGGGAAAUUCUUUCUAUCUUGGGUUUGCCUCACAGACCCAGACCAUUUUCACCUGGAAAACAAGCUUCCUCUGCACCUCUCUUUAUGCUGGACCUGUACAACGCCAUGGCCAGUGAGGAGAACCCCGAGGAGCCGGAGUACUCUGUGAGGGCAUCCCUGGCAGCAGAGACCAGGGGAGCCAGGAAGGGCUCCCCAGCCUCUCCCAAUGGGUACCCUCGCCGCAUCCAGUUGUCUCGAACGACUCCCUUGACCACCCAGAGUCCUCCUCUAGCCAGCCUACAUGAUGCCAACUUUCUGAAUGAUGCUGACAUGGUCAUGAGCUUUGUCAAUUUAGUUGAAAGAGACAAGGAUUUUUCUCACCAGCGAAGGCAUUACAAAGAAUUCCGGUUUGAUCUUACUCAGAUUCCUCAUGGAGAAGCAGUGACAGCAGCAGAAUUCAGGAUAUAUAAGGACCGGAGCAACAGCCGAUUUGAAAAUGAAACAAUUAAGAUUAGCAUAUAUCAGAUCAUCAAGGAAUACACAAAUAGGGAUGCGGAUCUGUUCUUGUUAGACACAAGAAAGGCCCAAGCUCUAGAUGUGGGUUGGCUUGUCUUUGAUAUCACUGUGACCAGCAAUCAUUGGGUGAUUAAUCCACAGAACAAUUUGGGCUUACAACUCUGUGCAGAAACAGGAGAUGGACACAGCAUCAAUGUAAAGUCGGCUGGUCUUGUGGGAAGACACGGGCCUCAGUCAAAACAACCAUUCAUGGUGGCCUUUUUCAAGGCUAGCGAGGUACUUCUCCGAUCUGUGAGAGCAGCCAGCAAACGGAAAAAUCAAAACCGCAAUAAAUCCAGCUCUCAUCAGGAUUCCUCCAGAAUGUCCAGUGUUGGAGACUAUAACACAAGUGAACAAAAACAAGCCUGUAAGAAACAUGAACUCUACGUGAGUUUCCGGGAUCUGGGAUGGCAGGACUGGAUUAUAGCGCCAGAAGGAUAUGCUGCAUUUUAUUGUGAUGGAGAAUGUUCUUUUCCACUCAAUGCCCAUAUGAAUGCCACCAACCAUGCCAUAGUUCAGACUCUGGUUCAUCUGAUGUUUCCUGACCAUGUACCAAAGCCUUGUUGUGCGCCAACCAAAUUAAACGCCAUCUCUGUGUUGUACUUUGAUGACAGCUCCAAUGUCAUUUUGAAAAAAUACAGAAAUAUGGUAGUGCGUUCGUGUGGCUGCCACUAAUAUUAGAUAAUAAUGGUAAUAAGAAAAAGGUCUGUAUUAAGGUUUAUGACUACAAUAAAAAGUAUCCUUUCAGAUAAAAGGGGAACUUCAUAAAAUUAGUCUGGCUCAUUUCAUCUCUCUAACCUAUGUACAAUAUCAUGUAUAUAGUCACUUUUAUUUAUUUAAAGGUAUAUAUUCUCCUUUGUGGAUGCCUUUUCAAUAAAAUGUAUUUUAUAGGUCACUGCAUUAUGCAAUAGAUCGCCCAGUCUAACUUUCAAUAGGAUAUGCUGAGUCCAAUUCCAUUUCAACAUUUUUUAAUGUAUUACACUUUUUAUAUAAUUUUCUGAAAUUAGAC